CCGUGCCUUUGCCUUCGCUUCCCUUCAUCACUUCCAAAAAAGAAAAAAAAAACUCGUUUUCUUUUCUUCUCUUCUCUUCUCUUGUUGCGGCGAAGGGGGAGAGGAAGGUCGAGGUCGACGAGAUGGGCGGCGGCAAUGGGCAGAAGUCGAAGAUGGCGAGGGAGAGGAACAUGGAGAAGAACAAGGGCGCCAAGGGGAGCCAGCUUGAGGCCAACAAGAAGGCCAUGAACAUCCAGUGCAAGAUAUGCAUGCAGACUUUCAUCUGCACCACCUCUGAGACCAAGUGCAAAGAGCAUGCUGAGGCGAAGCAUCCGAAGAGCGACCUCACCGCGUGCUUCCCUCACCUCAAGAAAUAAUGGCGGUGGCAUCUCUCUGCUCAAUCAGAAGAGAAAAAGAGAAGCUGCCAUAAUCCACUAGUAUCAUCUUGUAUGCAAUGACUGGUUGCCCUAUGUAUGGGUCUAAACUUUGGUCAGCUGCUGCUGCUUCUUUGGUUGUGUGCCUCAUCUAAAUAUGUAAUGCUCUAUCAACCUCUUGUGCAACGAUAUUAAUCUUGUGUGGAUUUGCUGCCUGUGUUCAGUCAAUAUGUUAUGUUGCAACAUCACUCUUCACUAAUUUCCGGUGUCUCCUGUGGUACAA